AAUUCUGCAAGUGGUUCUGAUUUACUAUCAGUGUCCUCUAGCCGGUCUAAAACCGCUUUUGAUCUAAAGGGACGCUUUUUGGACGUUUCUCAGUUUCCAGGCAGAGCGAACGAUACAAAUGCAGGCAGGGCACAGGACAAAGCACUCGGGACAAAAUGUAUGUGAAAUGGUUUGAUACAGUAAUAUACUAAGAGAUUAUUUUAAAAUUUUUUAAUUUCCCGCCAGUUCCAUCCCCCGUACGUUCCGUAUGUCCCGACGCUUGCAGGGAACGGAACCCGGAAGAUGGAUGCCGGCAUCGGCCGGAGGAGAUGCCCGUGGACGCUGCAGGGGGAACAU